UUCCGGGCCAACAUGGCGGCCGCUCUCCUGCUGCUCCGCGCUCUUCGCCCGGGCCCUGCUGCGGGGUCUGGGCGACUGCGGGGCCCCUGCUCUGGCUGGACCCUAGGCCUCUCCCCCGGGGCGGGAAGGAGGUGCCUCCACUUCGUCCACAGGCCUCCGACCCGACUCGUGGGGACCGGAGACCACGCCGAGCAGAGUUUGCAGCUGUGCCUGCUAACCCCUACCUUUGAAGGGUUCACUGGAUUGUUGUUGAGACAGCAUCUAGUCCAGAAUCCAGUCAGACUCUGGAAACUCUUAGGUGGCACUUGCUAUUUUAACACCUCCAGGAUGAAGCAAAAGACUAAGGACAAUGAUAAAUCUAAGGGGAGGACCCCUGAAGAUGAUGAAGAGGAGAGGAGACGCAAGGAGAGAGAGGACCAGAUGUACCGCGAGCGGCUGCGCACUUUGUUUGUCAUCGCUGUGGUCAUGAGCCUGCUGAACGCACUCAGCACCAGCGGAGGCAACAUUUCCUGGAAUGAUUUUGUCCACGAGAUGCUGGCCAAGGGUGAGGUACAGCGCGUGCAGGUGGUGCCGGAGAGCGACGUGGUGGAAGUGUAUCUGCACCCUGGAGCUGUGGUGUUCGGGCGGCCUCGGCUGGCCUUGAUGUACCGGAUGCAGGUGGCAAACAUCGACAGGUUUGAGGAGAAGCUCCGAGCUGCUGAAGACAUGCUAAAUAUUGAAGGCAAGGACAGGAUUCCGGUUUCCUAUAAGCGGACAGGAUUUUUUGGAAAUGCCCUCUACGCCCUGGGGAUGACUGCAGUGGGCCUGGCCAUUCUGUGGUAUGUGUUCCGUCUCGCUGGAAUGACGGGAAGGGAAGGAGGACUCAGUGCUUUUAAUCAGCUUAAAAUGGCUCGUUUCACAAUUGUGGAUGGCAAGAUGGGGAAAGGAGUCAGCUUCAAAGAUGUAGCAGGAAUGCAUGAAGCCAAACUAGAAGUCAAAGAGUUUGUGGAUUAUCUGAAGAGCCCAGAGCGAUUUCUUCAGCUUGGUGCCAAAGUCCCAAAAGGUGCGCUAUUGCUUGGGCCCCCUGGCUGUGGAAAGACACUUCUGGCCAAGGCGGUGGCAACAGAGGCCCAGGUGCCCUUCUUGGCGAUGGCGGGCCCAGAGUUUGUGGAGGUCAUUGGAGGCCUUGGCGCUGCCCGUGUGCGGAGCCUCUUCAAGGAAGCCCGGGCCCGGGCCCCCUGCAUUGUGUACAUUGAUGAGAUUGAUGCUGUGGGCAAGAAGCGCUCUACCACCAUGUCUGGCUUCUCCAACACAGAGGAAGAGCAGACACUCAACCAACUUCUGGUGGAAAUGGACGGAAUGGGUACCACGGACCAUGUCAUUGUCCUGGCAUCUACCAACCGAGCUGACAUUUUGGACAAUGCUCUGCUGAGGCCUGGCCGACUGGAUCGACAUGUCUUCAUUGACCUUCCCACACUGCAGGAAAGGCGGGAAAUUUUUGAGCAUCACCUGAAGAGCCUGAAGUUGACCCAAGCCAGCAGCUUUUAUUCCCAGCGUCUGGCGGAGCUGACGCCAGGAUUCAGUGGUGCUGACAUUGCCAACAUCUGUAACGAGGCCGCGCUGCACGCUGCAAGAGAAGGCCACACGUCGGUCCACACAUUUAACUUCGAGUACGCUGUGGAACGGGUCAUUGCCGGGACUGCCAAAAAGAGCAAGAUCCUGUCAAAGGAAGAACAGAAGGUGGUUGCAUUUCAUGAGUCAGGCCACGCCCUGGUGGGCUGGUUGCUGGAGCACACUGAGGCCGUCAUGAAGGUCUCCAUUGCACCACGGACGAAUGCUGCACUGGGCUUUGCUCAAAUGCUUCCAAGAGACCAGCACCUCUUCACCAAGGAGCAGCUGUUUGAGCGCAUGUGCAUGGCUUUGGGCGGCCGUGUGUCGGAGACCAUCUCCUUCAACAAAGUUACUUCUGGGGCUCAGGACGACCUGAGGAAGGUCACACGCAUUGCCUACUCUAUGGUGAAGCAGUUUGGGAUGGCACCAAGCAUUGGGCCCGUCUCCUUUCCUGAGGUGCAGGAGGGCCUCACAGGCAUUGGACGGCGCCCCUUCAGCCAGGGCCUGCAGCAGAUGAUGGAUCAUGAAGCAAAACUGCUCGUGGCAAAGGCCUAUAGGCACACAGAGAAGGUGCUGCAGGACAACCUGGAAAAGCUGCAGGCGCUGGCAAAUGCCCUGUUGGAGAAGGAAGUGAUCAACUAUGAGGAUAUCGAGGCCCUCAUCGGUCCGCCACCUCACGGGCCCAAGAAGAUGAUCGCACCUCAGAGGUGGAGUGAGGCCGAGAGGGAGAAGCAAGACGCUGGGGAGGAGGAGGCACCUCAGCAGCCCCCACUUCGAGGGGAGGAGCCAUCUUGGCCCAAAUAGUUGGACCUCCUCAACUGUGUCUGCGGGGAUGUGAUGUUCCUGCCAGCCGCAGGAAGGAACUCCUUACUUAGUGCCACCACCCACCCCACCAUGCCCGUUUCUCCCAGCCCCCAGUGGUCUCUGAAAGGCUUCUGGGAUCUAUUUAUUGGUUUCCCUGCUUGUGAAUAGUAAAUGUUUCUUCAGGCAAUUUAGCUUUGUAGAGCCUUUCCCCACCCAUGGGGAGGGUACCGGUGUGCAGGUCCCAGGUCUGUGACACUGUUAUUUUGGGGGUGCUGGGCAGACCAGAGGCAGCACUGCAUUCAGGCCCCCAAUAGCUUGUUCUGUCCUCAGCUCCUCUGGCCUCAUCAGAAUGCUGACAGGAUUGGCGAUGAAAGGCCCCUCUGAGCUGACUGGCUUGUCUUCCCUUGCUGGGCCCUGCUCUCGUGCUCACACCCCCACAGGGGCAGCACUGGGGACAGGCACUGGGCUCUACAGCAUUAAAGCACUGCCACCUGCUGCUUUGUGGACAUGAGCAUGAGAGCCUUUCCUUGCUGCUCUGGCCCCCAGCACCCUGGCAUGGGUAGUGGGGAGACAGACACCCCUGAGACCUGCUAUGGUACUUUCUAGUAAAUUCUGUGGGUGGAGAGUCCAUCUUUGUACCACAUGGCCAGCUCUAUCUCAACACAGGGUCACGUGUUUCAGUUUAUAAUUUCAUCCACAUGGUAAUCUGUUGAAGAGUCCCUUUUGUAGGAAUCUGGUGGGUAAAGGCCCUAGGACACACCCUCCUUGCAACAAGCGCGGUGCAUUCGGCUCCUUGUCCCCAGGGGCAUGCAGCACACACAUCCUGUGCACUGACAUUGGGAGCCAUGGUUUGAUUAUGGGCACAUCCUGACAUAAUGGGUUGUUCUGUUGCUCAUUCCACAAUCUGUGCCCUGAGGAAAUGGCAGGAUGUGGGCAGGUACAGGUCGUAGCUCUGAGAGGGCACUCUUGCAUUUGCCCCAGUUCCCCAAGUUCACUUCCACAGAUGAGCAUGUGGUUAGGAGGGUUCUGGUCUCUGCCCCAGGGUGGCACCCUCUGUCCUGAACUGUAAAUGUGGUCAAGCUCAUCCUCCAUAUACUUUACCAUUAAAGUGGCCUUUGGAAAAUUG